AUGGCGGAGCAGGUGGAGCCUGGUGGGCAGGCGAAGGGGAAGUCCUCGAGGAUGGAUGGAGAAUCAGUUUCUUCACCGAUUGAAUUUGGAGCUAAUGGUGUUGAUUCGUCCAGAUCUGGUAAGAGAAGUCGUGGAAUUGAUGGACCGAAUUUGGAUGCUGAACGUGACAUGGCUGCUCUGCACCUGGAGCCUAAUGUGAGUUUCAAAGACAAGCUUAUGAAAUCAUCUCGGCGACUUGUCUCGGUUGCUGUAUCUGAUUUUGAUUUUGAUCCUGAUCUCGUUGACGGGGACGUGUCAUUCUCUCGUGAGGUGAAAGGGCCUAUCGUUACAUUCUCUGAAAAAGCUGUGACGAAAUUUGGUAAGGAUUGGCAUGAUGCUCUGGUCAUCAAACUUCUUGGACGAUCGCACACUUAUAAUUUUUUGUUGAACAGGCUGAGGCAAAAAUGGCAAUUAAAAGGAGGUAUGCAGCUUAUUGACAUUGAUCAUGAUUUUUAUAUUGUUAAAUUUGAUUUGGAAGAGGAUAAGGAGUUUGUUUUAACUGGUGGACCUUGGAUAAUUGCGGGUCAGUAUUUGACGAUUCAAAAAUGGAGACCAGGAUUUGUGCCUGCAACUGAGGUUAUGACUCGUAUGGCUGUAUGGGUCAGGAUAAUGGGUGUUCCAAUUGAGUAUUUUAAUGUUUGGGCUAUGAGGAAGAUAGGUAGUGUGCUGGGAAAACUGUUGAAGAUUGAUGUACACACUAAUUCUCAAUACAGGGGCAAAUUUGCUAGAAUUUGUGUUGAGAUUGAUGUGACUAAGCCUCUUGAAGCGUUUAUUCAAAUUAAUGAUAGAUGGUACAAUUUGGAGUAUGAGGGUAUGCCAGAAAUUUGUUUUGGAUGUGGUCGUUAUGGGCAUAAGAGGGAGAGCUGUACUUGGAGCGUUGAUCCUAUGGCGGAAAAGGUUGAUGGUGGUGAAAAUGAGAGUAAUAUGAUGAAUAUGGAUGAGCCUAUAGUAAAGGCUGCUCAAAGUAGCGAUGAUGUUUCUGCUAUUCAUGGUAAUUGGAUGCAAGUUAAGCCUAGAGGUAGACCUCGGAAAAUAAAUAAUGGACAGAGAGGUGUUGAUGGUGCUUUUAAUGGGCAGGGGUCAAGGUUCAGUGUGCUCAAUGGGGAAGAUAAAAGUCUGAAUGAGGGAAAUGUGGGAAGUGGCACAGAUGGUGAGAAGGGUGAAGGUUCUAUUGAAAGGAAAAUUUGGGGGGUUAGGAAGAAGAAGGAAGCUAGUGAUCGGGAUGCACUUGCUGAUAUAUCUAACUGUGGUGGACAGCCAUCUACGCAUAAUUUGGGGCAACUAAGACAACCUUUAGUGAGAAGGUCAAGUUCUAGUUCGAUUAGUAAUGUUGAGGAUCAGCCGUUCAAAUUUAAUGUUAAUGCCUUCAAGACUGAUAUGUACUAUGGUUCAAAUAUGUCAAAGGGAACCUAUAUUUUUGGUCACCAACCAUCUAAUGCUAGUGGUAGCGAUGUUGAGUUAGCUGCGUGUGAUCUAGAUCCAGGUGAAGAGAUGAUGAAUACUGAUCAUACUAUUCCAGUAUGGAACUCUAGAGGUGCUGGUUGCACCAAGUUUAAAGAUAAUGUUGCAGAAUUAAUUAACAUUCACCAAAUGGAGAUUUUGGUUAUUUGUGAGCCCAGGAUUAGUGGUCAGAAAGCUAUUUCAGUUGUGAAAUCUCUUGGUUUUCCGUGCUUUGAGAUUGUGGAUGCUGUUGGCUUUUCUGGUGGUUUGUGGAUGUUGUGGAAGGAUUCUAGAUUAAAGGUGGAAGUUAUCGGUACCACUGACCAAGCUAUUUCUGUUGUUGUGGAUGGUGUUGGUCAGAACCAUUGGAUUUUCACCGCUGUCUAUGCUAGCCCUUGUGUUACUAAAAGAGAAAGAUUGUGGGAUUAUUUAGAUUUUGUAGCUGAUUGUCAUCAAUUGCCUUGGUUAAUUGCUGGGGAUUUCAAUGACAUGUUGUGUGUGGAUGAUAAACUUGGUGGUGCUCUAUUAUGCAGAUUAAAAGGCUUCAAAUCCUGGGUGGAUAGGAAUUAUAUGAUUGAUUUGGGUUUUAUUGGUCCUAAAUUUACUUGGACUAAUAAAAAAGUGUUAGAAAGAAUUGAUCGUGGGAUUUGUAAUAUGAGUUGGAGGAGCCUUUUCCCUGAAGCUUAUGUUCACCAUCUCCCGCGAACCAAGUCAGAUCACUGCCCUAUUAAGAUAUGCUUAAAUUCUCAUAAGUCAUUUUCUCCCAAUCAUCGUCCUUUUCGUUUUGAAGCUAUGUGGUUGAGGCAUGAAAAUUUUAAGGAGUUUGUUGAUGGUUAUUGGAGUAAUGGUGGAGGUUCGGUUGUUGAUAAAACUUGUGCUCUUAUUGAACCGCUUAAGAAGUGGAAUAUUCAAGUCUUUGGUCAUCUCAAACAGAGAAAGCGCAAACUUCUAGCAAGAAUUGAUGGGAUUCAAAAAGCUUUGUGUCGUGGGCCUAAUAAAUUUCUUUCUAAAUUGGAGGAUGAGUUGAUUUCUGAUUAUAAUGAAGUUCUAAAUGAGGAGGCUAUAUUUUAG